GGGGAGCAGCACCCGCCACCUCACACCGACUGGUCUCUCCGCUGCGGGCCUUUGUCCCGGCCCAGUGCCCUCGCCGCGCCCGCCCUCCGCGGCUGGCCCGGCACCCUGGAGCCGCACGGGAGCCGGCUGUCCCAGCUGCGUCCGGCGCGGCGCCCCGGAGCCCCGAGUCCGCCGAGCCGCCGCGCCCCGCGCGUUCGACCCCACCCCGCGCGCUGAGGGCAGCGCAGGGUGAGCGCACCUGGCCUCGGCGACCGCGGGAGCGGCGCGUCCGCCCGGGAGGAUUGGUGGUCGCGGCCGGCGGUCGGUCCCAUCGCGCUCCGGAGUACGCAGAACUGGGAGCGGUUUGGCCAUGGCCAUGGCCCGGUCCAGGAGGGACUCCGUGUGGAAGUACUGUUGGGGACUUUUGAUGGUUUUGUGCAGAACUGCGAUCUCCAGAUCGAUAGUUUUAGAGCCUAUCUACUGGAAUUCCUCGAACUCCAAAUUUCUACCCGGACAAGGCCUGGUACUAUACCCACAGAUAGGAGACAAAUUGGAUAUUAUUUGCCCCAAAGUGGACUCUAAAACUGUUGGCCAGUAUGAAUAUUAUAAAGUGUAUAUGGUUGAUAAAGAGCAAGCCGACAGAUGCACUAUUAAGAAGGAAAAUACCCCACUGCUCAACUGUGCCAGACCGGACCAAGAUGUGAAAUUCACCAUCAAGUUCCAAGAAUUCAGCCCUAACCUCUGGGGUCUAGAGUUUCAGAAGAACAAAGAUUACUACAUUAUAUCUACAUCAAAUGGGUCUUUGGAGGGCCUGGAUAACCAGGAGGGAGGGGUGUGCCAGACAAGAGCCAUGAAGAUCCUCAUGAAAGUUGGACAAGAUGCAAGUUCUGCUGGAUCAACCAGGAAUAAUGAUCCAACAAGACGUCCAGAGCUAGAAGCUGGUACGAAUGGGAGAAGUUCAACAACAAGUCCCUUUGUGAAGCCAAAUCCAGGUUCUAGCACCGAUGGCAACAGCGCGGGGCAUUCCGGGAACAAUCUCCUGGGUUCCGAAGUGGCCUUAUUCGCAGGGAUUGCAUCAGGAUGCAUCAUCUUCAUCGUCAUCAUCAUCACUUUGGUGGUGCUGCUGCUCAAGUACCGCAGGAGACACCGCAAACACUCUCCACAGCACACGACCACGCUGUCUCUCAGCACACUGGCCACGCCCAAGCGAGGUGGCAACAACAAUGGCUCGGAGCCCAGUGACGUUAUCAUACCGCUAAGGACUGCAGACAGUGUCUUCUGCCCACACUACGAGAAGGUCAGCGGGGACUAUGGGCACCCGGUGUACAUCGUGCAGGAGAUGCCCCCACAGAGUCCUGCCAACAUUUACUACAAGGUCUGAGGCCUGAGACCUGCGCCUCCCAAGGGAACUCGCACCUUGUUCUUGGGCACGCAGGGACUGCCUGAGCCUGGCUGUUGGGGGCAGGAUGCCUCCCGGAAGAGCCCGGAUCUGGACAGUUUUGUAGUCUGUAGCUUUUCGACCCUGGGGACCACAGACCCUCCCCGGAAGCUGGAAGACUGCUAGGAGAUCCCCACUUGGACUGCCGCGUUCCCACGCGGACCUCCAAGCCAUGCACCCAGCCACUCAGGCCUCUGCAGAGCCCG